AUGGAUCAUGCCCCGUCACUGUUGCCUCGUUCGGAGAAGUCAGCUGUCAGACGUCUAGCUCGAAAAUCAAAAUGGAACGAGAGCUAUGAGAGCUUGUUGAAAAUCAAAAAGGCGCUAGACGAAAAAGCCAAGCAACCAGGAGCGAGGGUCUACGAUUUUCGUAUGUUUGAUCUAGUGCUAGGGAAUUCGAAACCGACAAGGGCUAGGAAAGAAAAGAGUAUAACGCCACCAUUAGUACAGCAAGCUUACAACUUGAUACGAAGUUUUGAGGGGAAGUCAAAAGAAUUCGGCGAAUCGGCGAACAUCAAGUUUUUGAGCCCUCGGUUCGCUCCGAUAAUGCCGGACAAAGCGGACAUUAAGGGCUCCUUGUCUCCCUCAAUCUUUUCUUUUUACAAAGACGACACGGAAGAUCAAUUACUACCACUUCCUAAGCUCCUUGACGCCACUGGAAUGACGGAAGAAGAUCGAGGAGAGGUGCUCGAGACCGUUAUGGAAGUGACAGGAGCGCGACAGAUCGUGGACGACGCCAUGAAGACUUUGUCGAGCACAGAAUUGUUUGGAAUGCAAGGCGAGAUAAAAGAAGUCACUGAGAGGAUAGCAAAAAUAUUCACAAAUUUGGAGAGCACUUUUAAUCGGAGGCAGAAAAAGGACAUGGAUAAACGAGGCUUUACAUUCUUGGAGACGAAUCAGUUAGAAGAGCUGCACAAGGAACAAGGUCUCGCCAAACACGCGUCCGAAAUAGAAUUCGACAUCCAUGAGUACGGUAACCAAACCCGUGCCCAGCGCGAAGAAUCACUAUGGCUUCGUGUUGCUGAAAUAGCAGCCAAUGGAACGAAAACUCGAUCGAAAAGGCAGAUUACUUGGUUAUCAGUGAACAAGCCUACCGUAUUAUCACCAUAUAUGUUCUCGCCAGUCUAUGGACUUGUCGUGCUUGGUCCUUGUAUCCGAGCUACAAGUAAAGAUGCUGUACAUGAGCAUGAGAAACUGAUCCUCGAUAAGAAAGGACUCCAAAAUAUGAAAGAAGUUCAUAAAAACUGGUACUUCUACUCGAUAAAAGCCCUGCUUGGACAGCUUGGUAAAGAACUUCUUGGUAAAUUGAACAGCGCUUCCCGGGAACGGUUGAAGUUGUGCCUGAAGCGUAUUGUGUACACAAAGGAUCUUCGAAAAACUGCAGCAUGUCUGCUAAAGGCUCGGGAAAGAUGGAAAAAAUUUCUAAAAUACAAAGGUGUAAAAGAAGAUGACGAUUUUCCUUCAAAGGCUCUCCACCGAGGCCAUGACCGAAUACCUUCAAGAUUCUCACAUGCACUGCGUAUUCGUAAGCUUCGCAUGAGAAGAUCGAAACGAAGUCCUAAUCGUUUGAUAUUGCCAGAUGAUUUGAAGGAUCAUGAGCUUGUGGUGAAAUCUGCCAAGUUUGCGCCAUCUCUAAAAGAACCCUCAAAAAGUCCAAUCAAUAAAGUAGCCGGUCUUUUCGUUUCCCUCUUUGGAAAGAGUAGUGCGAAUGAAUUGCCAGAAAAAUGGUCUACCACCUACAAAAGUAUCUUAAAGCUGUCUAAAUACAUCGACAAAAACGAAAAUUCUCCCGGAACUCGUGUGUAUAAUACACGAAUCUAUGAUCUCGUCAUGGAUGCGAAAGGGACAAAGCAAGGCAGUGAGAUAGGAAAAGCAUUCGAGCAACUGCAAUCUUCGCUUUCUUUACGGCAAAGUUCUGAGUUAGACAAGAGAGGAUUCACGUUUAUGAACCCUAAACAAAUCGACAAGUUACACGAAAAACAAAAUGUGAGCGAACCAGAGGUUCUUGAACAAAUGGAAAGCUAUAAAAAGUUGCCCAAACAUAAGCGUGAAGAGAUGCUUUGGCGAUCUAUUGGAGAACUGGCUGGUUUGAGUCGACGACGCAGGAAAAGGCAAGCCAAUCAAAUUAAUUUCAUCACCACCUUGAGGCCAACAGUGCUCAGUCCUUAUCAAUUUGCUCCCGUAUACGGUAUCAGCAUAUUAGGCCCCGUAAUACUUUCUCCUAAUAUUUUCGCACCACUGAUUUUGAAUCCCUCAUUGUUUUCGCCAUGGGUCUUGUCACCAGCAUUUCCAUUACCUUUCAUCCUCUCGCCUUAUGUGCUUACUCCAUAUGUACUAUCUCCAUUGGCUAUGGCUCCUUUCGUUUUUUCUCCCUAUGUGCUAUCUCCAAAUGUCAUAAAUCCAUACGUGCUUUCGCCAGUCAUACUCAGCCCGAUUGUCGUAUGUCCGGAUAUCUUGUCUCCAAUGACGCUCGGCGGGAUUAUAUUGUCUCCCAAUAUUCUUUCUCCAUCGAUAUUAUCGAAAAGUUACCUCAUGACAAGUGUGCUUUCUCCAUCGCUUCUUUCCUAA